AUAAAAAAGGUUGCAAUAUAUCUAUGUCGCAAUAACACUAUUCAGACAAUGGAAGAGCUUCUUUUUGAGCUGCAGCAAACUGACCCAGUGAACCCAAUAGUCCAGCAUUGUGAUAAUCCUCCAUUUUACCGUUUUGCUGCCAGUAACAAAGCUUCAGCUGCAGCUUCUGGAACCACCUCUAGCAGUAACACUGUUGUAGCUGGUCAAGAUAGUUUUCCUGAUGUAGAGGAGAACAGAAUGGUGAAAGAGACCGAUGAAAGGUUCAGUAAUGUAAUCAGAGCACAUACCCGACUAGAAUCAAGGUACAGUAAUAGCUCCGGAGGAUCUUAUGAUGAUGACAAAAAUGAUCCUGUUUCUCCAUAUACAAGCUGGUUAUUGAAUAUUGUUGAAACCAAACAACCACAUCCCCUGCCCAUGCCUUACAAUGGAGGAUGCUGGGCACCACUUGUGGACUACCUCCCAGAAACCAUCACACCCCGAGGACCCCUUCAUAGGUGCAAUAUUGCUGUCAUCUUCAUGACUGAGAUGGUAGUGGAUCACAGUGUGAGAGAAGAUUGGGCUCUUCACCUCCCUUUAUUGCUACAUGCUCUCUUUUUAGGUCUUGACCACUACCGGCCUGAGGUCUUUGAACACAGUAAAAAGUUACUGCUUCACCUUUUGAUUGCAUUAUCUUGCAAUAGCAAUUAUCAAGCCAUUGCAUCAGUGCUUCUUCAGACCAGAGAGAUGAAUGAGACCAAGACUCUGACAGUACAACCAGCAUACUUACCUGAAUAUCUUUAUACAGGUGGCUUUGACUUUCUGCGGGAAUACCAGUCGUCUCCGGUGCCAGACUCUGGCUUGAGCUCCAGCUCCACCUCCUCCAGUAUCAGUCUGGGAGGCAGCAGUGGAAAUCUCCCACAGAUUACACAAGAGGUUGAGGACAUGGACACUGCUGCUGAAACAGAUGAGAAAGCAAACAAAUUAAUUGAGUUUCUGACAACCAGGGCAUUUGGUCCACUUUGGUGCCAUGAAGAUAUCACACCCAAAAAUCAGAACACCAAGAGUGCAGAACAGCUUACUAAUUUUCUGCGUCAUGUUGUGUCUGUAUUUAAAGAUUCCAAGUCAGGUUUUCAUUUGGAGCAGCAUCUGAGUGAAGUCGCUUUACAAACAGCUCUUUCAAGCUCUUCAAGACAUUAUGCAGGUCGCUCUUUCCAGAUAUUCAGGGCCCUAAAGCAGCCCCUUUCUGCACAUGCAUUGUCUGACCUCCUGUCAAGAUUGGUGGAAGUUAUUGGAGAGCAUGGAGAUGAGAUUCAGGGGUAUGUAAUGGAGGCACUACUUACUUUGGAAGCUGCUGUGGAUAAUCUGUCUGACUGUUUGAAGAACAGUGAUCUCUUGACGGUGUUGUCACGUUCAUCUUCACCAGAUUUAACAUCAAGCACCAAACUGACUGCAAACCGGAAGAGCACAGGACAGCUGAAUGUGAAUCCUGCAAGCGGUAACACAGCCACUGCUGAACGAAGCAGGCACCAGAGGAGCUUCUCUGUACCCAAAAAGUUUGGAGAUGUGGACAAGUCCUCAGACCCACCGCGCAGUGCCACACUAGACAGAAUUCAGGCAUGCACCCAGCAAGGCCUGUCCUCUAAAACCAGAAGUUCAUCUUCUCUAAAGGACAGUCUCACUGACCCAUCCCAUAUUAACAAUCCAACCAACCUACUGGCCACCAUCUUCUGGGUUGCUGUGGCUUUGAUGGAGUCAGAUUUUGAGUUUGAGUAUCUAAUGGCAUUGCGGUUACUGAAUAAACUUCUGGCUCAUUUGCCGCUAGAUAAAGCUGAAAACCGGGAGAAGUUAGAGAAGUUGCAAGGGCAGCUGAAGUGGGCAGACUUCUCAGGGCUUCAGCAGCUACUCCUGAAAGGAUUCACCUCCCUUACUACCACUGAUCUCACACUACAGCUUUUUAGUUUGCUGACACCAGUCUCCCGAAUAUCCAUGGUGGAUUCCUCUCAAGCUAUAGGAUUUCCACUGAAUGUUUUGUGUCUACUGCCCCAUUUAAUUCAGCAUUUUGACAGCCCAAACCAGUUUUGUAAAGAUAUAGCCGAAAGGAUUGCUCAGGUUUGUUUGGAGGAGAAGAACCCCAAGCUGUCAAAUCUUGCACAUGUCAUGACCCUUUAUAAAACACACAGCUAUACAAGGGACUGUGCUACCUGGGUAAAUGUGGUUUGCCGUUACCUUCAUGAAGCAUUUUCUGAUAUUACUUUGAGUAUGGUUACAUAUUUGGCUGAGCUACUAGAAAAGGGCCUUCCCAGUAUGCAACAGUCCCUCUUACAGAUGAUCUACAGUCUUCUUAGUUAUAUGGACCUGUCAGCUAUUCCUGUGAAACAGUUUAACAUGGAAGUGCUAAAAACCAUUGAAAAAUAUGUACAGAGCGUUCACUGGAGAGAAGCCUUGAAUAUCCUGAAGUUGGUAGUCUCUCGUUCUGCCAGUUUAGUUUUACCAUCCUAUCAACACAGCGAUCUUUCAAAAAUGGAAAUACAUCGAGUGUGGAACAGUGCCUCCAAGGAGCUACCAGGGAAGACUUUAGAGUUUCAUUUUGAUAUUUCAGAGACUCCAAUUAUUGGGAGACGGUAUGAUGAGCUGCAGAGUUCUUCUGGACGAGAUGGUAAACCCAGGGCAAUGGCUGUCACCCGAAGCACUUCUUCAACCUCAUCAGGAUCUAACUCCAAUGUCCUUGUUCCUGUGAGCUGGAAGAGACCCCAGUACUCUCAGAAAAGGACAAAGGAAAAGCUGGUGCAUGUCCUUUCUCUAUGUGGCCAGGAGGUUGGGCUGAGUAAAAACCCUUCAGUAAUUUUUUCUUCCUGUGGUGAUUUGGAUCUGAUUGAGCACCAGACGAGCUUGGUGUCUUCAGAAGACGGAACAAGGGAGCAGGAGAACAUGGAUGAUUCCAACAGUGAACAACAAUUCAGAGUCUUUAGGGACUUUGAUUUCCUAGAUGUUGAGCUGGAAGAUGGGGAGGGUGAGAGCAUGGACAACUUCAACUGGGGAGUACGCAGACGGUCCCUGGAUAGCCUGGACAAGUGUGACAUGCAGCUGCUGGAAGAGAGCCAGCUCUCAGGGAGCACCCCCAGCCUGAACAAGAUGAACCAUGAGGACUCCGAUGAGUCAUCGGAGGAGGAGGACCUGACCACCAGCCAAAUCUUGGAGAGCUCAGACCUAAUUAUAACUCUUUCCCCAUCUGAGGAUACAAAUCAUAUUGACUCACUUUCUACAUCAUGUGACACAACCUCAGCAGACCCUCAUCAUUUUAAUAUAGGAGCAUCUAGCUUUGAUGUGUCUUUGCCUGAUAUGAAUAAUCUCCAAGUGUCUGAAGGAUCCAAGGUUGAAGCUGUACAUGAAGAACAAGAUACAGCAGUCCAUGAGGAUGACCUUUCAGGGUCUACAAAUGAAAUCCCUGGAGCAUUUGAAUGCAGUGAUAGCCUUAGUCUGGAUAUGACAGAGACUGAAGAGAAAGUUGACAGGCUGGAACAAUUUGCACUUGCUAGUUUUGGAGAUGUUGAUCGAAAUGCUUCCCCUCCUCCCUCCCCAUUUUUUUCUGCCAUCCUUGCUGCAUUUCAGCCAGCAGCAUGUGAUGAUGCAGAAGAAGCCUGGCGUAGUCAUAUCAACCAGCUCAUGUGCGACUCUGAUGGUUCCUGUGCAGUUUAUACAUUUCAUGUGUUCUCUUCCCUGUUUAAGAAUAUUCAGAAAAGAUUCUGCUUCCUAACCUGUGAUGCAGCUAGUUACUUGGGAGACAACCUGCGAGGAAUAGGCUCCAAGUUUGUGAGGUCUUCUCAGAUGUUAACAUCAUGUUCAGAAUGUCCCACCCUUUUUGUAGAUGCAGAAACACUGCUCUCUUGUGGCCUUCUUGAAAAGCUGAAGUUCAGUGUUUUAGAACUGCAGGAGUACCUGGACACAUACAAUAACAGGAAAGAAGCAACGCUCUCGUGGCUUGCAAACUGCAAAGCAACGUUUGCUGGGGGCUCACGAGAUGGAGUUAUUACCUGCCAGCCAGGGGACUCAGAAGAGAAGCAAUUGGAACUGUGUCAGAGAUUAUAUAAACUGCAUUUCCAGCUGCUGUUGCUUUUUCAGUCCUACUGUAAACUUAUCGGACAAGUGCAUGAAGUCAGUUCCAUGCCAGAGCUCUUAAAUAUGUCAAGAGAACUGAGUGAGUUGAAGAAAAAUCUUAAGGAUGCUACUGCUGCAAUCGCAGCCGAGCCUCUGACAACAGAAUCUGAGCCCACAUUCAAUUCUACGGAAGCAGCUAUUCAGUCCAUGCUGGAGUGUUUGAAAAACAAUGAACUUGUUAAAGCCAUCCGACAAAUACGAGAAUGCAGGAUUUUGUGGCCCAAUGAUAUCUUUGGAAGUAGCUCUGAUGAUGAAGUCCAGACACUACUGAACAUUUACUUCCGGCACCAAACCUUGGGUCAGACGGGCACCUAUGCACUGGUGGGCUCCAACCAGAGCCUGACUGAAAUCUGUACCAAAUUAAUGGAACUGAAUAUAGAGAUCCGCGACAUGAUUCGCAGAGCUCAGAGUUACCGGGUCAUCAAUACUUUUCUUCCAGACUCCAGCAUUUCCGGCACAAGUCUCUGACAGGACUCUUGUGUCCUCUUGCAAGCUGGGAGUGCUGCCCUGUUGGAGUGAGGUGGCUCAAUGUCUUCUCAGCCUUACAAAGGUUUGGUCAAACUGUACUCACUCUUGUUACAUUUAGGAUUUCUUCUAAAAAGAUAUGGGCUGAACUUCAAAUGUGUAGCAAUACUGUAAGGACAAAGGUAGCAUAGAGCAUCCGGGACAACAUCCUUUGUUCUCUGUUGCACAAAAACCAGUUAGCAUUUCACUGAGCAACUGCAACUCACUACUGAAGAAGUGACUGCCAUUGCAUACCAAAGCCUACUACACUGAACAAUACUUCCUUUAUUUUAGGUUGGCAAAAGUGCAAUGUUUCCUUCACAAAAUAAUAUUUUUUGUUAAAAAAAAACAAAACUUGUACAUUUUUUCCUUUUUGCUCUUCCUUGGGUGAG